AUGGCUGGAAGAGAGAAAAUCGAUGUGGUUCACCAAAACGCGAUUCAUAUCGAGACGAUCCGGAAAGAGCAAAGACACCAGAAACUCCACACCGAGUUCAGCAUCAAUCCAUUCAGGAAACUAAAUGUCCUGCCUGACAAACCCAUGUCCAGGAAACCAUCAGAAAUGAUUGCAGAAAACUUGGACUUCAUCAAUGCUUUCCACGAGGCUCGUCAGGAACCCACCAAGAAAUAUACAAUGCCAAUGACUGAGAGUCAGGAAAUUGGAUGGGUGUCCACCGCACUGGUACCAUCCACCCGCCACGACAAGAGAUUCAAUUACUACCGAUACAGCACAGACGUCACCAAACACAAGGAAUCUGCCCUGCGUGCAUCAAGUUAA